UUGUUUGUUGCUGUUCCGUUGACCAAAUCAUCAAUUUUUUUGUUCGAUUUUUCUGAUUUAUGAUCGCCUACGACGAAUGCAAAUGAUUCUAUAAUUCUGUGCUUCUUUGUGAUUCUUGCUCUAUAUUCCCUCUUAUAUUUUGGCUUUAUUUUUGAAAACAAAAAUUUCCACUAAAGAAAUAACGAAAAAUGUAUCGUGCUGCACUUGCUUUAAAAUCUGGCCAUCAACGUCUAUUGAAUGGCUUGUUUUUGCAACAUGGACGUUUUGGUAUUGUAAUUCAACAACGAUUACAACCAACAUCAUCAACAGGGCCAACAUCACAAUCAGCAACACAAACAGCAAUUGCAACACGUGUUGUACAAGAACCAUUUCUGAAUGGAUCAUCAUCAAUUUAUGUUGAAGAAAUGUAUAAAGCAUGGCUAAAAGAUCCAAAUUCAGUACAUAAAAGUUGGGAUAUAUUUUUUCGUGUUUCGGAAACAGCUGAACCUGGUCAUGCAUAUCGUUCACCAACAAUGCCUGCACCAACAAUAGCAUCAUAUCCAAGUUUAAGUGGACGUACACCAACAACCCAGGCUGAAAUUCGUUCAGCAGUAACAUCAUCCGAUUCAUUACGUGAUAUUGAAGAUCAUUUAUCUGUACAGGCAAUUAUACGAUCAUAUCAGAUUCGUGGUCAUUAUUUUGCUAAGCUUGAUCCACUUGAAAUUAAUGUUACUAAUUUUGAUCGUCAUGGUGCUUGGCUUCGUGUUCAUCAAUUUUCGGAAAAAGAUAUGGAUAGAGUAUUUAAAUUACCAAAUACAACAUUUAUUGGUGGUAAUGAAAGCGUACUACCAUUACGUGAAAUAUUACGUCGUUUAGAAAAUGUUUAUUGUCGUCAUAUUGGUGUUGAAUAUAUGUUCAUAAAUAAUUUGGAACAAUGUCAAUGGAUAAGGCAAAAAUUCGAAACACCCGGUAUAAUGGAUUUAAAUGUUGAAAAAAAGAAAACAUUACUAGCACGUUUAACACGUUCACAUAAAUUUGAAGAAUUUUUAGCAAAAAAAUGGUCAUCGGAAAAACGUUUCGGUCUUGAAGGAUGUGAAGUAUUAAUACCAUCAAUGAAAGAAGUUAUUGAUAAUUCAUCUGUAUUAGGUAUUGAUAGUAUUGUUAUGGGUAUGCCACAUCGUGGACGAUUAAAUGUUUUAGCAAAUGUUUGUCGUAAACCAUUGGAACAGAUUUUUGCUCAAUUUAAUAGUUUAGAACCAGCUGAUGAGGGUUCUGGUGAUGUAAAAUAUCAUUUAGGAAUGUCACAUGAACGUUUGAAUCGUAAAAGUAAUCGUAAUAUUAAAUUAGCAUUGGUUGCAAAUCCAUCGCAUUUAGAAGCAGUUGAUCCGGUUGUUCAAGGUAAAACACGUGCUGAACAAUUUUAUUUGGGUGAUGUACAAGGAAAAAAAGUUAUGAGUAUAUUAUUACAUGGUGAUGCUGCAUUUGCUGGACAAGGUGUUGUUUAUGAAACAUUUCAUCUGUCUGAAUUACCUGAUUAUUCAACACAUGGUACUGUUCAUAUUGUUGUUAAUAAUCAAAUUGGUUUUACAACUGAUCCACGUGAAGCUCGGUCAUCACCAUAUUGUACGGAUGUUGCACGUGUUGUAAAUGCACCAAUAUUUCAUGUUAAUGCUGAUGAUCCUGAAGCAGUUGUACAUGUUAGUAAAGUUGCUGCUGAAUGGCGUGCAAAAUUUGGUAAAGAUGUUGUUAUCGAUUUAGUUUGUUAUCGUCGUAAUGGUCAUAAUGAAAUUGAUGAACCAAUGUUUACACAACCAUUAAUGUAUACAAAAAUUCGUAGUACAACACCGGCCGUACAUAAAUAUGCAAAAAAAUUAAUAUCAGAAAAUGUUGUAACCGAAGAUUAUGUUAAACAAUUAUGGGAAAAAUAUGAUAAUAUUUUAACUGAAGCAUAUAAAAAUACUGAAAAAGAAGUUAAAAUGUAUAAUCGUGAUUGGUUAGAUUCACCAUGGCAUGGUUUUUUCGGUACCCGACCUGAACAUAAAUGUGAUCCAACCGGUGUGGAUGAAGAAACAAUAAAUCAUAUUGGUACGAAAUUUUCAACACCACCACCUGAUCCAUUUAAAAUUCAUCCCGGUUUAAAGCGAAUAUUAAAAGCACGUAUGGAAAUGGUUAAUAAUCGUCAAAUUGAUUGGGCAUUAGCUGAAGCAUUAGCAUUUGGUUCAUUAUUAAAAGAAGGUAUACAUGUACGUUUAAGUGGUCAAGAUGUUGAACGUGGUACAUUUAGUCAUCGUCAUCAUGUUUUACAUCAUCAAACAAUGGAUAAAUCAACAUAUCGUCCAUUAUGCCAUCUAUAUCCUGAUCAAGCACCAUAUACUGUUUGUAAUAGUUCAUUAUCUGAAUAUGGUGUUUUAGGAUUUGAACUUGGUUUUUCAAUGACCAAUCCAAAUGCAUUGGUUAUGUGGGAAGCACAAUUUGGUGAUUUUAAUAAUACAGCACAAUGUAUUAUUGAUCAAUUUAUUUGUAGUGGUCAGGCUAAAUGGGUUAGACAAAGUGGCCUGGUUUUAUUAUUACCACAUGGUAUGGAAGGUAUGGGUCCGGAACAUUCAUCUGCACGACCGGAAAGAUUUUUACAAUUAUGUGCUGUUGAUUCGGAUGAAUUUCCGGUUAUUGAUGAUUAUUUUCCAUUAAAACAAUUACAUGAUAUGAAUAUGAUUGUUGCUAAUUGUAGUACACCUGCAAAUAUGUUUCAUAUAUUACGUAGACAGAUUGCCUUACCUUUCCGUAAACCGUUGGUUGUAUUUACACCAAAAUCAUUAUUAAGACAUCCACAAUGUAAAUCAGGUUUUGAUGAAUUAUUACCAGGAACAGAAUUUCGUCGUUUAUAUCCGGAUGAAACUGAACCAAUCAAAUCAAAUCCAUCUGGUGUAAAACGUAUAAUAUUAUGUACUGGUAAAGUUUAUUAUGAAUUAUUAAAAGAACGACAACAACGUGGAUUAGAUGAUAAGGUUGCUAUUGUACGUAUUGAACAAUUAUGUCCAUUUCCAUUUGAUUUAUUACGUGAUGAAUUAUCAAAAUAUCCGGAUGCUGAUCUUAUUUGGACACAAGAAGAACAUAAAAAUCAAGGUUAUUGGUCACAUGUACAACCAUUAAUACAGACAACAUUAAAACAUUUAAAUAUGGAAUCGAAAAAUUUUAACUAUGCUGGACGUGCAGUAUCAGCAUCACCGGCUACCGGCAAUAAACAUAUACAUAAAAAAGAGAUUGAAAAAUUAUUUGCCGAUUCAUUUUCUGGUUUGUAAUAACACUAAACAUCAACAAUAACAACAACAACAACAAA